ACGGCUUCUAACAACUGCCGCUUGUUGGUAUUCUGUUUCUGCGUGGAAAUCCAAUCCCUCUGGCACGUCUGCAGCAGAAUGCACAUGGUUCGUGUCUUUGUUAGUAGACGUUGUGCUAGGAGCGUCGUAACGGGCGGCGGCGGGGGUCUUCGCUUCCGCGGGAGACGCAUCCCGGGUGUGACGUCCCUCAAGAGACUUCUUAGCUUCGCCAUCCAAGUCUUUGGCGGAGUCUUCCCCGAAUCGGCCUCGGUUGAUCAUGGAAAACUUCACAUUGUCAAUAAUUCGGUUAUCGAGGUCGCUCCAGGCCGACUGCGUGGCCCGGAUAUCGUAAUAGUCGAUGAGGAAAAGCUAAUAGUCACUGUGAUCAGCAUAGGGCAUCGGUUUUAAAAACAAUGACACCAAAUCAGCAAAGUGUGCUCUGGCCAUUUGCUAAGCCACAUAUAUGCUCGGAAAGCGCCCGUGCUGCACGGAAUUACAAAUCUCGGCAUAUCAACAAAUAUGCAGUAUGAUGUGGUAGAAUGGGUACAGGACAUACAGAAGCCGCAAAUAUUCCAAAUUAUACAACCAGGAUGAUGUAAAAGAAAAGGAGAGGUCACACACCUGUUGAUGGUCGUCGCCACGAACGAAACGGAAUAGACACAGAUCCCCGUGGGUCGAUAAAAUACUUUUCACUCUAGUAAGACUAGGAAGAUGUUUGUCAACAGCGAAACCAUCCGUGCGCCCGCGCCCAGAAGCCGCCUCGACCUCACCAACAGAUAGCAAAAAGUCGCUGUCAUA